AUUCCUUGUUUUUCGUACUUUUUUAUCGCGUAAUUUGAAAAUAGAAAUGAUUUAAAAUCGGUUGAAAGUUCGGAUUAAGUCGUAAUAGUGUAAAUAUUUUUCUCAGUAAUGGAACCAUGUCACUCGACUAUUAUUACCAGACGACUCUUUGUUAAUCCUAAUGAAAUAAUUAUUCGUCAUUUUUGACCUGUUUCAAUUUCCGAAUCCGAAGUUGGAUGUUUUCGAACCGUCACCGAACGUCGCAUACGUUUAAUCGAGUAACAAUUGUGUAAACAGAACAGAUUUUAAUUUGUAUUUAUUCAUUGCACAAAAUGUUUACGUGUUGAAGUGCCGCAUUAUGGAAGAUGAACUAGAGGAUAAACUAAUCUAUCAAACGUUCAUUUCACAUUCUAAAUUAUUCACCAAAUUCAUCAUGGGCCUUUCCAUCAACUCGACGUAUUUGAAUUAUAGCUGGAGGAUGUUCCGAGUUUACAUCUUGAAGCCGGAGAUUCUAAUAUUCAGUAUUGUAGUCUUAUUAGUAAUCGCGUACAUACAAAAUGUCGACAUUAGAUCUCAAUCGUUUUUCAAAAGAAUCGGUUUAUCUAUCGGCGACACCAGUACCUUUAAGAAUAUGCAACUGCAGUCGCGAAAUGAUAACUCGAGCUGGGAAUACAAAGCUGGUAACGUAGCUGUCUUCGCUGUCCAAGGAAGAAGACCUCAUAUGGAAGAUAGAUUCGUUAUUAAUGAGAACAUAAAGAAUACCGGAGUUUCUUUAUUCGCUGUGUUUGACGGCCAUGGUGGAGAUUUCGCCGCCGAGUAUGCAGCAAAAAAUCUAAUAGAAGCGUUAAAAAAUCGAGUCAUUGAUAUAAAAAAUAUCAUCAAAGAAGGUAGAAUAAAAGAAGACUACGUGUCGAAUAAAGCGCCUUACAAACCGAACGUAGAAGAGAAAGAGAAAUCCAAAACGGAGAAAAAGCCAAAGAAAAUGUUAUCUUAUGCGGACGAUAUGAAAAAAUCCAACACAGAUAUCAAAAACGUCGAUAACGAUUUGCUGGAAAAACUAGAGAAAUUUUUACCUAUAACCAAGGAAGUCAAAUUGACCAAAGUAAAUGAAACCGUUACCGCUGCAGAUUCAUUCAGUUACUUGGAACAUAACGGUAGCAUUAAUUAUAAUAAGCUAUUAACCGACGAAGUAUUAGCUACCGAUAAAUUACUGGUCGAGUCUGCGAAGAAAAAUCUAAAUAUUGCUGGAACAACUGCAUUGAUCGCUUUGAUAGAAAAGAAACGAUUAAUAGUCGCCAAUGUGGGAGAUUCGCGUGGUGUAAUGUGCGAUAGUAAAGGGAACGCUAUUCCGUUAUCAUUCGAUCAUAAACCUCAACAAAUGCGUGAAAAAAAGAGAAUCGAAGGAGCCGGCGGUUUUAUUGCAUUCAACGGAGUCUGGCGUGUCGCUGGUAUCUUGGCAACUUCUCGCGCUCUCGGAGAUUACCCGUUGAAGGAUCGUAAACUUGUGAUAGCUGAUCCUGACAUAUUGACCUUUGAUUUAUCGAAUCAUAGACCCCAGUUUUUAAUUUUUGCAUCGGAUGGUCUUUGGGAUAUGUUUACUAACGAAGAAGCGGUCGCUUUUGUAAAGGAUAAACUCAACGAACCGUUAUUCGGAGCUAAAAGUAUUACGUUACAAGCCUACUACAAAGGCUCGUUGGAUAACAUAACCGUACUUAUAAUCAAUUUAUCGCAACAUAAUUGGACUGACGAUGAUCUAGAAGUUAUCAACGAGUCGUAAUUUACUUCUGCGCGUUUUCUUCAGUUCAUUUGCGUUCUUACUCGUCGAAAAUUGUCCCAGAAAGUUUCAUUAACUUUCAACAUUACCUUCUUUUUUUUUAUAUAUUUUAAUUGUUGUUAUAUUAUGUUUUAGAAGAAAAACUCGUUUUACCAGUGUCGUGUGGUAGUUUGAACGUAACUAACUUAUUACCUUGUAGAACUCGAAUCGAGAAUUAUUUUUGGGAGGUGAAAAGUCAAGUUUUUGGUAUCAAUUUCACGGUGUGAUCAGUAUUACUGAGAGUAUUUUUACGAUUUAUUUCAGCAUUUCGAUCUCUAUAUUGUCAAAAGGUUCAAAUGCACAAAUUUCGUACCAAAAAGACGUUUCGAUUUAAUGGUGUUUGUUUUUUUCAAUUUAGUUCCUCGAUAUCAAUCGUUUCAUUCGCGAAAUAUUGAUUGUAUUUGUAUUCUAUAUUCAAUGAUGUAUUUACAUCGGGUUUAUUAUUCGUGUAUUUGAAACUUAAGUAUUUCUCUCGCUAUCUUUUGUUGUUGUAACUUUACAUUAAGAUUGUUUUAUGUGAUGCAGUUGAUACUAAAUUGCAAUUACGAGAAUAAAAUACAUCAAUAAUCA